UCACAGACGUGCGAACAACGGACAAGAACGAAGAAAUAAACACUACUACUCACUCAUUUCUCUCUUCGCAGCUGAAGGUUUAUUUACACACGCAUCAGUCAUACGAAUGUGCAAUAGUCGUAGUUUUAAUUUUCGACAGGUUUUUCAACUCGUCGGAUUUUGGUAAAUUGUUGGUUUAUAAUCACGAUGGGAAAGAGCAGGAAUGCUACGGGGCGUAAGAACAAGACGGGAGUCUCUGAAAUUCAGAAGAAACCACUUCAUUCUCGUAUCUAUAAGGACCCACCUUUUAAUAUUUAUCUCCGCAGAGCCCUCCCAUUUCAUGAAAUGAAACGAAGCUGUUUGGUCAAUUUAAUUGUUCGUCUUGCCUGUGAGAAAAAGUUGCCACAAUUUCUGGAAGGGCCAAAUCCACGAGUUGAGACUGACAACCGGGUUAUGGAUAGCCACACCCAUGCUGAGGCCUAUGCAGAGUGGGACAACUCCUCGGUAGCCGAAUAAAUGCCCGAUAACAAAUGAUUCAUCAGAAAUAAUACAGUCAUCUCAUAACCGUUGUAAUGUUUUGGCCGGAUUCCCUCCAGAAUUCUUGAAAUCGUCCGAAAAUGUACAUGUGAGCGCCAUCUUCGCUAACCAAUUCUUCGUAAUCAUUUGGAUUCUUGAGAUCUUUUUGUCUACAUUUAUAAAUUUCAAUCCGUCUCAAAUUGUCAGAAGCAUUUAUUUAAUAUGAAUGUCCAAGUACAAUCCUCUUUGAUAUUUCAGUACAUAUAAUCAAAUUAUUAAAUACAUAUUCAUUUCAACUUUAUAAUAUAAUCUGACUUGUAUUUUAAAAGGUCAACUACCAACUUUUGGAAAUUAAACAAAUUACAAUUUCACAGUUGAGUUGCUUUAUUUUACAUAAUUGGUGAUAAAUAUGAAGCACACGUCAAGAAUAGGGGCUUAUCAUAUUGUUUCAGCUUCGGCUUUGAUAUCAGUUUUUCUACUAAGUAUUUUAAUUUCCCUUGUACAUAAAACUAACGGAGCUAUCGCUGCUAGUCAUUCACAUAUAAGGAAUCACGACGAUCGAAGUCCAAGCCGAGAACGCGAGGCUGACGGAGCAUUUAGUCCAAGAGAUAAAAGUCACUAUGGGUCGUCCGACGGUCACCACUCAGAAUUUGACCAUGAGGCUAUUUUAGGUAGCACAAAGGAUGCUGAGGAAUUUGAUUCCCUUCCAAAAGAAGAAGCAAAAGCAAGGCUGGCAAUUCUUGUUGGGAAAAUGGACUUGGAUAAGAACGGCUUAAUUGAGCGAGGAGAAUUAAAAGCAUGGAUUAUCAGAUCUUUUAAAAUGCUUUCUGAGGAGGAAUCGAAGCAGAGAUUGGAAGAAGUUGAUGAAAACGAAGACGGACUUGUAACGUGGAAGGAAUACGUUCAAGAAACAUUUGGAGUUGACCUCGAUAGCAAUCCUAGUAGUAUCCCCCUAAAUGACAUCGAAGAACAGCAAAUGCUUGCGGAUGAUAAAAUGCUGUUCGCUGCGGCCGAUGCGAAUAAGGAUGGGUACUUAGAUGCAGUGGAAUUUGUUUCUUUUACUCAUCCAGAGGAAGAUCCAAAAAUGCUUCCAAUUGUAUAUCAACAAACCCUUGAUAGUAAGGAUACUAAUAAGGACGGGGAGAUUGAUUUUAAAGAGUUCAUUGGAGAUAGAGGUCAUGACAAAGAUAAAAAGUGGCUGGAUGAUGAAAAGGACAGAUUCGACAAUGAACUAGAUUGGAAUAAGGAUGGCCUCCUCGAUCGACAGGAAAUUAUCUCUUGGGUUCUUCCAAGCAACGAAGAAAUAGCUGGAGAGGAAUCUGCACAUUUGUUUGCUUCUGCAGAUGACAAUCACGACGAAGUACUCACACCAGAAGAAAUUCUUGAGCAUCAUGAUACAUUUGUCGGAAGUGAAGCCACUGACUAUGGAGAUCAUCUCCAUAAUUUGGAAAAAUUCAAAGACGAGCUGUAGACUACCAAACAGAACGCAAAUAUCACGAAGAGAUAUUACCAAAGGAAGAGGAAAAUUAUACGUUGUUUUUACGUAUUACUCAUGUUUGAAACCCCAAGUUCAAGACUAAAUUGUAAACGGAUUCGGGAUUUCUAAUUUUAAAAUACGUAAUACUACUAGUAGCAGUAUUAUAAAAGAUAUUUAUUCUUCAUUCUUCUUACAACAUCAACGUGCGCACGCAGAGUGGAAUUUUAAUUAAUGUUUGCCCCCUUAAUAUUUUAAUCUAUGCAAAAUAUUUUUAACUAGACUUUAAUUUGACUUAGUUUUGUUAUUAUGGUCCCUGAAAUAAAUGUCUGGACCGACGACCGAUUUACGCCCGAUCUAUCCAAAUGCUGACGAGUUGCUGUCGUUAUUGUCUGAUGGAAAGAAAUAUAACAAUGCAAUGU